CUAUGGUGGCGGCGAGGCCUCCCACACAGAGCCCUGUGAAGAGAAACCCCGGCGGCCAGAAUCCCCGUGUCUACCACGCACCUCCCUGAGGGAGGCCCUGAGCAGGGCGGUCUCUCCACAGUGCCCUGAGGAGCCCAAAACUGUGCAUGCUCUGCAACGGGCCAAUAGCUUCCAGUCUCCAACCCCAAGCAAAUACCAGAACUGGAGGAGAGAAUUCCGGUGGAGUUUGACGCCAGUGAACAAAAGAACUAUGUCACCUCCAAAGGACCCUUCUCCUUCUCUUCCUCUUCCUUCAUUGUCUUCUCGUUCAUCUUCCCCACCAUCUUCUUCUUCAGCCAGUGUUUCUGAGCAUGCUCCAGAUGGUUCUUCCCCACCUCAGAUGACAGCUUCUGAGUCCCUCUCACAGGUCUUGAGAGGCCAUGCAAGUCCUCCCACCCCAACCUUUCAAAGGCGAGCCAUAGCCCAAGGAGCACCCAGGGAAAUUCCACUGUAUCUGCCUCAUCACCCAAAGCCAGAGUGGGCAGAGUACUGCCUGGUAAGCCCUGGUGAAGAUGGCCUCUCAGGCCCUGCAGAGAUGACUUCUGAUGAGUGCCAGCCAGCAGAGGCACCUCUUGGGGACAUUGGAAGCAACCACAGAGACCCACACCCCAUCUGGGGGAAGGACAGGAACUGGCCAGGUCAAGAGCUAUCUCCCUUGGCUGGAGAAGACUGGGAAAAAGGGCGUACUGGAGCUGGGAAGGAAGAAGAGGGAGGACCAGCGCUGGCAAAGGAGAAGUUGGGCCUAAAGAAGUUAGUCCUCACUCAGGAGCAGAAGACCAUGUUGUUGGAUUGGAAUGACUCCAUCCCUGAGAGUGUGCACCUCAAAACCGGGGAGCGACUUUCCCAGAAAAGUGCUGAGAAUGAUAGAGGAGGCCGUGUGCUAAAACCAGUCCGCCCCUUGCUGCUCCCUAGGGCAGCAAGAGAGCCCCUGCCAACCCAGAGGGGGGCUCAGGAGAAGAUGAGGACCCCCGUGGAACAAGCUCAAGGGGAGCGAAGCGUGCCUCCACCCAAGUCCCCACUGCGGCUCAUAGCCAAUGCCAUCCGAAGGUCUCUAGAGCCCCUUCUUUCCAACUCUGAAGGUGGGAAGAAGGCUUGGGCCAAGCAAGAAUCCAAAACUUUACCCACACAGGCCUGCACUCGCUCAUCCAGCCUUCGGAAAACCAAUUCCAAUAAAGACAGGGACCAGCAUUCCCCUGGGAGAAACCGGCCCUCAGCCUUUAGCCCUCCUGACCCUGUCCUCCGCACCCAUAGUUUGCCCAAUCGGCCAUCCAAGAUCUUUCCUGCACUUAGGUCCCCACCCUGUAGCAAGAUUGAAGAUGUCCCCACACUCCUUGAGAAAGUGAGUUUGCAAGAGACCUUCCCAGAUGCUUCUAAGCCUCCGAAGAAAAGAAUCUCACUUUUUUCCUCUCUCAGACUCAAAGACAAAUCUUUUGAGAGUUUCCUCCAAGAAUCCAGACAAAGAAAGGACAUCAGGGACCUCUUUGGCAGCCCCAAGACGAAGGUGCUGCCUGAAGACAGUGCGCAGGCCCUAGAGAAGCUGCUGCAGCCUUUCAAAAGCACCUCCCUGUGCCAGGCAGCCCCUCCCCCUCUUCCUCCUCCUACAGCAGGAGGUGCAG